GGAAACCCCUUUUGCUUCUCCGGUUCGGUAAUUGGAGCUUCGUUGUUGAAUCCGAGGCUUGAUUUCGGGUUCAGCAGCUGGCGAACCUCCCUUCAACUCGCUUGAUUUUUCUCGACAGUUCGUUCGAUAUAGCAAGCAGACAUGGCAGGAAUGGCAUCGGAGGGGUCUCAAUUUGAUGCUCGUCAGUAUGACGAGAAAAUGUCCCAGAUAAAUGCUGAGGCUGACGAUUUCUUUACCCCGUAUGAGGAGGUUUGCGAUACCUUUGAUGCUAUGGGCCUUCAUGAAAACCUUCUUAGAGGCAUUUAUGCUUAUGGUUUUGAGAAGCCAUCUGCAAUCCAACAGAGAGGGAUUGUUCCCUUCUGCAAGGGAUUGGAUGUCAUUCAGCAAGCCCAGUCAGGAACUGGGAAAACUGCCACCUUCUGCUCCGGAAUUCUGCAACAACUUGAUUAUGGAUUGGUUGAGUGUCAGGCUCUGGUUCUUGCUCCAACUCGAGAGCUGGCCCAGCAGAUUGAAAAGGUGAUGAGAGCACUCGGUGAUUACUUGGGUGUUAAGGUUCAUGCAUGUGUUGGAGGAACCAGUGUUCGUGAAGAUCAAAGGAUUUUGUCCAGUGGAGUCCAUGUAGUUGUUGGCACGCCAGGUCGUGUGUUUGACAUGCUACGCAGGCAAUCCCUCCGUCCAGAUUAUAUUAAGAUGUUUGUGCUGGAUGAAGCUGACGAGAUGCUUUCACGUGGUUUCAAGGACCAGAUUUAUGACAUCUUCCAGCUUCUACCUUCAAAAGUUCAAGUCGGGGUCUUCUCUGCUACUAUGCCUCCUGAGGCUCUUGAGAUUACUCGCAAGUUUAUGAGCAAACCAGUGCGGAUCCUUGUGAAGCGAGAUGAGCUCACUCUGGAGGGUAUCAAACAGUUCUAUGUCAAUGUUGAAAAAGAAGACUGGAAACUGGAUACAUUGUGUGACCUUUACGAGACAUUGGCGAUCACCCAGAGUGUUAUUUUUGUUAACACAAGGCGCAAAGUGGAUUGGCUCACCGACAAGAUGAGGAGCAGAGAUCACACAGUCUCGGCCACUCAUGGAGACAUGGACCAGAACACCAGAGACAUCAUCAUGCGUGAAUUCCGAUCUGGAUCCUCUCGUGUGCUCAUAACAACUGACCUCCUUGCUCGAGGCAUUGAUGUCCAGCAGGUGUCACUGGUGAUAAACUAUGACCUGCCGACUCAACCAGAGAAUUACCUGCAUCGUAUUGGUCGUAGCGGCCGGUUCGGAAGGAAGGGAGUGGCAAUCAACUUUGUCACCCGUGAUGACGAAAGAAUGCUUUUCGACAUCCAACGUUUCUACAAUGUCAUCAUUGAGGAACUCCCCUCCAAUGUAGCCGACCUUAUUUGAUGAGUUGAAAACUCUUCAUGGCUUAACUUAAGUUCUCAGUUAUGUUCUAAUAUGUUUGUCUUCAACUCUGUUUUGUAUUUUUUUUCUAGUGAUAAGUAUUUUGUUUAUUUGCAAGCAAGGGUAUUGUAUCCUAAACAGCCAACCAAAUUUUGUUAAGCUAG